UAAUGGAAGCAAAGAAGAUCAUUGGCUUAGGCAGUCCAUUGUUAGAUAUUUAGGCUGAAGUACCAGCAGAAUUUCUUGAGAAGUAUGGUUUGACACUCAAUAACACUUUUUUUGCUGAGGAGAAACAUCUACCAUUAUAUGAGGAAUUAAUUAACAUUCCAACUCAUUCUCAUGUUCCAGGAGGUAAAGAUUAUAAUUUAUUCAAAGGAUCUGCACUUAAUACUAUAAGAUUGGCUAGAUGGAUGGCUUAAGCAGGUUAAGAUCAAGUGAAAUUUAUUGGUUGUGUUGGAAAGAAAGAUAAAUUUGCAAAUAUGUUAAUUGAGGUUACAAACUAAGAUGGAGUAACAACUUUAUUUGAUGAAUAAGAUCAACCAACAGGUAAAUGUGGUGUGUUAUUAUGUAAUAAGGAUAGGUAAUUUAAUAUUUUAUAUUUAGAUGUUUGGUUCCAUUAAUUGGUGCUGCAGCUCAUUUAUCUGAGGAUUAUGUUAAUUAACAUAUUGAAGAUAUUAAAACAGCUUCUGUAUUAUUUAGUGAAGUGUAUUUCUUAUAUCCAAGAGCUGAACUUACAAAAAAUAUUUAUAAAGUUGCUUCAGAAAGUGGAGUCAAUACUUGUUUGACUCUUUCAAGUGUAAAUGCAGUAAGUGAUAAAUUCAAUGAUAUUUUGGCUGUAUUACCAUAUGUUGAUUAUUUGUUUGGUAAUGAAGAAGAAGUUGAAUAAUUUGCUAAGAAUUUGAAGUUUGAAGGAGAUCUAUCCUAAGUAAUGUAAUAAAUAGCUGCAUAUGAAAAACAUGGACAAAGAGAAAGAGUUGUUGUAUGCACCUAAGGUAAGAAACCAACAUUGAUUGCUAAAAAGAAUGAAGUCAUAACUGUUGAGGUUUAAUUGGUUGAUGUUUCAAAGAUUGUUGAUACAAAUAGUGCAGGUGAUUCAUUUUGUGGAGGGUAUUUAAUAAAUUUUAUAUAUUAAUUAGAUUUAUUGCAGAAUUAUUAAAUGGUCCAGAUCUUGUUAAAUGUGCUAAGGCUGGUAAUUAUUCAGCAUCAUAAACUAUCUAACAUGAAGGUAGUACAAUUCCAAAAUAUGCACCAGUAAAAACAUGGUGAA